AAGCCACGGCAAGGACAGAAAAGGGGUGCUUGUAUACAUCGGAUGUGGUGGAACAGACUAAUGAGAUCCACACACCUUCUAGACUUUAUCCAACUGAUGUUGGUGGAGAUGUGGGUGGUCAUUUGUCACAGUGGACAAAGUAAGAGUCCUGAAGAACUGAAGUUGAGGCUUAAUGGAGCAGGCUACAGAUGUUCCGGGUGGCUGGAGGUGCUCCAUGCGGCCAAAUGGAAGAGAAUUGACAGCAGAAAUUUUACACAGCAGAAUGCAGAACUCGCCUGUAGACAACUUGGUUGCCUCUUCCCCUUCGGGAUCUUGCAACCAUAUGCCGAAGAACCAGGGAAGCAUGAGACUUGCCUGAUGACCUGCCAAGGGAAUGAAACAGCUCUCAAAGGCUGCAUAGCUUGUGAUUCCCAUGAUUUCUUCUCUCUGGGUGUGUUCCUAGUUUGUCAAGCAGAUGGAAGAGGUUCUGAGAUUUUUUUCCACCUUCCCAGCCUCAGAGCACUGAGGCUUCUGUGCAAACCACCCGUUUUCCAGCCUACAACAGCACCACUGGUGACCUCCUCAAAGCCCUUCGAACAUCCAAGGACAAAGCUUGAAGAAGGAACCUCCUUGUGCUCAGGGACUUUGGAGCCAGACGUUGAAGGCUACAUAAAAAUGCUUUGCCUGAGUUUACAAAGAUGGUGGAAUGGGCUGGUACCCAGGCUCUGCCAGGGGGCAAACUGUGAAAGUGCAGGACCCAAGGAUGAGAACAGGGAGAAGUCUCUGCACCGCUGGGAGAAGCUGCAGUGUGAGCAAAGGAAUCUUAGCAUAGACUGCUUGGGAAGCACCCAGGACUGCUUGAGCCUAACCCUGGUUCGAUGCACUGAUCAAGAUUUGAAGUCCCAGAAAUCCAGUUCAGAGACUGUCUUAGGAAUUCUGCUUGGUCUUGUUCUUACUGCCAUUCUUCUGAGUAUCUGUGUUCUUCCUACCUACAAAAAAAUUAUGAAAAAAUAUUCCAGGAAGAAGCAGCAACAAUGGAUUGGCCCAAGUGGGGUGAACCAAAAUGUUUCAUUCCAUCGCAAGAGCUCUACUGCCUUCCAGACACAUCUUGAAAGCCAGGUUGUUCAGGGAGAGGAGAAUAAAGCCUCCAAGAAAACUUAUCUCUCACCCUAUGCAGCAUUGGAAGGGGCAACCAACAGAUCUCCCAGCCCUUUGGAUAACUCCUCUGACAGUGAUUAUGAUUUAUGUUCUGCGCAGCAGCUGUAAACUACGCGAAGUAUGGACGACGCUCCUUCCCAUUCACCUGCAGUAUAAGGCUAAGGUGGCAUUGGAGUGACCCAGGUUCCCGUCCAUCCUCAGCUCACCAGAUGACUUCAGGCCAGUCACUCUCUCCCAAGCUUAACCCACCUCACAGGGUUGUUGUGGGGAAAAACUGGAGGGGAAUGCAAUAUGUAUGGUUUGAGCUUCUGAACAAUAGGCCCAAUAUAAAUCUAAUAAAUGAAUAAAUGAAUAUCCUUUGAUUGAAUAGUAAAUUCCAGGAACUUUAUCACCGCAAUAAAUUUAAAGCAG